CGAUGAACCUGUGCCUCGUUUUUCUCACUCUGAUGCUAGCUGGUGCAGCAUCAGAGGGCGUAGAAAAGAGAAUUGUUGGGAGUCUGUCUUGUAAAAAGGGGAGGCCUUACCAUGUCCAGGUGGAGUCAGUCCAAGGAGGAAUUGUCUGUGGAGGCUCCCUGCUCAACACUCGCUGGGUCCUCACUGCUGCUCAGUGUGGCGGACGGAUCGUGAACGUGAAGAUUGGCUUAGCCUUUGAUCUUGGCUUUUUUAAAAAACUGAAAAAGAAAUUUAAGUCAAUAAAAAGUGAACAGCAAAUUCAAGUUACACAACAGUUUCCCUUCAAAGGUGAAGAUGAAAAGCCUCAUGACAUCAUGCUUAUAAGACUAAGUCAAGAUGCUGCACCUGAACUCCCCAUCAUCAAGCUCCCUGCUGGUGAAUGCACCAGACCAGGCGAGGGGACGGAGGUCCAAGUCGGGGGCUGGGGAGCCAAGAAGGCCGAUGUCACAAAGGCCAAAACCCCCAAAUCCCUGAGGUGUGCCAUGACAGAAAUCGUUUCAUGUGGUGAGAACGAUAAACCGGAUGAAAAGUACCACAGUGACGAGACAAACACCAUGUGUGCCUUCAAACCUGGUGUGGAGGCUUGCCUAGGAGAUGGUGGUACAGCCGUAGUAUUCGAGGAGUUCCUGCGUGGUGUUAUUGUCAGCAAACCUGUAGAUGAGUGUGCAAACACAAUUGUAAUAAUGGAUAUUUGUUACUAUAAGAAGUGGAUUGAUGAAACCAUGCGUGGCAAGUGAUUAGUAAACCUUAAUAGUACUAAAAGAGAAAUCAGAUCUUCUUACAAGUUAAUAAAGAUCACAAAUCCCCCUACGAGUAAACAAGUGUUUGUGUGUCUGUUCAUUUAGAACAAGUAAUCACCCUACAAAUUAAAUAUGUAUC